AUGGUUUAUGGCCAAAAUGCAGUCAUGCCAAUAGAGUUUGAGAACAAAACUCUAUGUACUGCAACAAAACUUGGUAAUGAACUCUCAGAAGCACAGAAGGAAAGAAUAUUACAACUCAAUCAAUUAGAUGAAUUGAGGAAAUUUGCCUUGCAAAAUAUAAUUCUAAUUCAACAACACUGUAUGAAAUGGCAUGAUAAGUAUAUCAAAACCAAACCAUUUCAUUCCAGUGACUGGGCUUUGUUAUAUGAUUCCAAGUAUAAAGACAACCUCAAUAAAUUACAAACACAGUGGCUUGGUCCAUAUGAAAUUGAACAAGUGUUUGCUAAUGGAGUGGUCAAACUUGCAACUAUUGAAAAUGCAAGAUUCAAACUGCUAGUCAAUGGCCACCGUCUUCAUCUAUAUCACAAGCCCAAUAAUAAGGAGGAUUUUAUGCAACAAUUUGAAGGACUUUACAAUCCUCCUGAAACCACUGAUGGUGACCCUCUGGGUUCACCAUCUAUUUGA